AUGAGAUUAAGUUUAAUAUUAGCUUUAGUCAACUUCACCACCGAUGGGAAAGUGGCUGCUAAAGGAUUCAAAGCAAAAUGGAGUGCCGAAUGUGGAACGAUCUUCAAAUUGGAUCAUGGAGUCGUCGUCUCACCUCAUUAUCCAUCUUAUUAUCCGAACACAAAUAGUGAAUGUCAAUAUUUGAUCGAUCCAGAAACCGAUGGGGUGAAAGUGAUCGUGCUGAAGAUUCAGGAUCUCGAUUUGAGUCCAACUCAUCAUAGUCCCAAUCGAUAUCCGUGUGACACAGAUUAUGUCGAGAUUUCAUCAGUUGAAAACAGAAGAGUUAUGGAGAAAUAUUGUGCGACAAGUAAUGGAAAAGAGUUCCAACCAAUCUCGAUAAAGGGAGCGGUUGGGAUUCGUUUUGUGAGUAACACCUCAUAUCUGGACUUGACCGCGAAAAAACUCAGACGAGGAUUCAAAAUAGCUUACGCGCUGAAUGUUUGCGGCGAAGAGAUCAACUUCAGCAAUAUGGAGGGAAGACCUAAAUCGGCUUUGAUUCAAUCGCCCGGUUUCCCUCUUCCUCAUCACGAGAGUCUCGAUUGUUGGUGGAAUGUGACAGCACCCGAGAAUCGAACAUUGCAUAUCAAAUGGGAGAAAUUGGAGCUGGAAGACUCGGUGAAUUGCACUCUCGAUUUUGUCGAAGUGAUCGAUGGAAGUAGUGCGACAAAGAAUCCAUCAAGUGGACCACUUUGUGGACUGGGAGUCCCGUUGAGAACUUAUCGUACUGCUGGAAAUACUCUUUUUGUACAUUUUGUGACGGAUGCAUCGAUAAAUCAUGGAGGAUUUCAGAUGAUCGUCACAUCAACAUUGGGUCCUGCUCAAGGCUGUGGAGGAUCAAAGAAAGUGACUGAAACCUGGCAAUCAAUCCAAGCACCCGUCGAUCCUUCAUCGCUAAAAUAUUACGAUGAUUUAAGAUGUGGAUGGAUAUUUAAAUCCCAACCGAACACAAAGAUUGAGUUCCGAUUAACGAAAUUGGACACGGAAGAGAACGAGGAAAUCCCGCAAAAAUGGGAAGGGUACAGGAAAUGUCAUGAUGGAUUGACUUUCUACGACGGUUUCCCGAAUGCAGCGCCAGCUCUUGCUACAGAUGUCUGCAAUGCGACCACCAAGAAUCUGACUCUUCCCCUCUAUUAUCACCCAUCGGGCAAUGUUGCCUAUGUUACUUUUGAGUCAGAUUUUGGCGGAACUGGAGAUGGAUUCACUCUUGAAUAUCGAUCAUAUAAAAUGGAUUGUGGUGGCACACUCAGAGCAACAACUGAAGAACAAUUGCUCGCUUUUGCUGAAGGAAUUGAAAAAAGAGGAGCUCAAGAAAUUAUGAGAUGUCGUUGGCAGAUCGAAGCGUCGGAACUUCUUCCAAUCGAGCUCCGUUUCACAUCGCUCAAAGUUCCCGAUGAUGGCACUGUCACGGGGAAUUCAACUCUUUGUGAUCACAAUUUUGUCGAGAUUCGAGAUAUCGGAUCUUUGUCAAAAUGUGGACAUCCAGCUUGUGCAAGAAGUGAAAAUGAAUUGAGAAUUCAUCGUUUCUGUGAGAGUCAGCCCAAAUUCCAAAUGGUUUCCCUCUCAUCAGCUAUUCAAGUCACUUUCGAUUUUGCGAUUUUAGAUGAGAGACAAGGAUUUGAUCUCAAUUUUGAAUAUCAACUUCUUGAUAAUUGUAACCGAACGGUGAAUGCAAAAAAGAUAAAAUCUGGUCGUUUAACAUCUCCAAAUUACCCUCAACCCUAUCUUCAUAAUGCUUCUUGUACGACAAAUAUUCAAACAAAUGAUGACAAGAAGAUCAUGCUCGUUUUCAAAAGUUUCCAUCUCGAACGGGGAAGACCGACAUGGAGACAAGGAAGACAAGGACCAGGAAGAGGCCCCACAUUCUUCUUUAAUUGCAUGUUCGACUCGUUGACGCUUUUCGAGCCAACAGUCAUCAAUGCAACAGCUGGUCCCUAUUGUGCGGCUCAACUUCCACCAACUUACCUCUCGAUGGGACCAAUUUUAUCACUUCAACUCAUAUCAGAUGAGAGUCAAGCGAUGGAGGGUUAUGAACUCUCGUAUUAUUCAGUCAACAUCACAACAGAUGGAAGAACCGAGAAAAAGAUUUAUCAAUUCUCUCCAAUUUACGAUACGGAAGGAGUGGUGACAAAUGUGGGAUAUCCUAGUGAAUAUCCAACAAAUGCUGUACAAAGAUGGGAAAUCGAUCCCCCGUCAGGGAUGGAAUGCACUUUCGUCCUUUGGCUUCUUCAAAUCAAUAUGAAAAUCGUUGAUCAACAACAAUCUUGCUCAAAUGAUGAAUAUCUUGAAAUCAAAAAUGAGGCCGAUCCAAACAGUGCACAGAAGUUCUCUCGUUGUUGGAACUCGACGUUGAUAUUGCCUGCAAAGAUGACAUUCGCUUCAUCAGCAAACCGAAAUAUUCUCCUCACUUUCUCAUCGGACAACACUAAAGCAAACGAUGGUUUUGGUUUUCGAAUGCUUUGGGAGUGUGCAAAUUAUGUGGAUCAGAGAUUGGUUCAUUAUUCAACG